AUAUCUGAAGACAUGGCCACAGAUCAUGUGAACGGGAAUGGCACCGAGGAGCCCAUGGACACAACAGCAGCAGCAACCCGUUCAGAACAUUUCCAGGCUCUGUUGGACGCCGGUUUGUCCCAGAAAGUAGCUGAGAAACUAGAUGACCUGUAUGUAGCAGGCCUGGUAGCACACAGUGACCUCGAUGAAAGAGCUCUUGAAGCUUUGAAGGAAUUUAAUGAAGAUGGGGCGCUGCAAGUGUUGGUCCAGUUCAAGGAGAGUGAUCUGUCACAUGUUCAAAACAAAAGUGCCUUUCUGUGUGGGGUGAUGAAGACCUACAGGCAGAGAGAGAAACAGGGGACUAAAGUUUCUCCUGUAACUAAAGGACCUGAUGAGACUAAAAUCAAAGAGCUGCUGGAAAGAACCAACUACACACUAGAUGUCACGACGGGCCAGCGAAAGUAUGGUGGCCCGCCGCCAGAGUCGGUGUACUCAGGACCACAACCCACUGUGGGAACAGAGAUAUUUGUUGGGAAGAUUCCCCGCGACUUGUUUGAAGAUGAGCUGGUUCCUCUCUUUGAGAAAGCUGGGCCGAUCUGGGACCUCAGGUUAAUGAUGGACCCCCUAAGCAGCCUGAACCGAGGCUACGCUUUCGUCACGUUCUGCGCUAAAGAAUCCGCCCAGGAGGCGGUGAAGCUGUGUAAUAACUACGAGAUCCGCCCUGGGAAACACAUCGGUGUGUGUAUAUCUGUAGCAAACAACAGGCUGUUUGUUGGUUCCAUUCCCAAGAGUAAAACUAAGGAGCAGAUUGUUGAAGAGUUUUUAAAAGUUACAGAGGGUCUCAGUGAUGUCAUACUGUACCAGCAACCCGAUGACAAGAAGAAGAACCGAGGCUUCUGCUUCCUGGAGUACGAAGACCACAAAACAGCUGCUCAGGCCCGCCGCCGGCUAAUGAGCGGCAAGGUCAAGGUCUGGGGCAACCUGGUCACAGUGGAGUGGGCCGAUCCCAUCGAGGACCCCGACCCAGAAGUUAUGGCCAAGGUCAAGGUCUUAUUUGUGAGGAACCUUGCCAACGAUGUUACAGAAGAAAUCCUGGAGAAGUCGUUCAGCCAGUUUGGGAAACUAGAGCGAGUUAAGAAGCUCAAAGACUACGCCUUCAUUCACUUUGAGGAGAGGGAAGGAGCAGUGAAGGCUUUGGAAGAACUGAACGGGAAGGAGCUGGAGGGAGAGCCAAUCGAAAUCGUUUUUGCCAAACCACCGGACCAGAAAAGGAAGGAGCGGAAAGCCCAGAGACAAGCAGCCAAAUCACAAAUGUAUGAUGAUUAUUACUACUACCCUCCCGCGCCCCACAUGGCUCCUCCUGUUAGGGGCCGGGGCCGCGGUGGCAACCGGGGAGGCUACGGCUACCCUCAGGAUUACUACAGCUAUGACGACUACUACGAUUACUACGGCUAUGACUACCACAACUACCGUGGCGGCUACGACGACCCGUACUACGGGUACGACGAGUUCCAGGCCCCGGCCCGAGGGCGGGGCGGCAGUAGAGGUCCCAGGGGCGGAGCCUCCCCAGUCAGGGGACGCGGCGGAGCCGGAGCACCCAGAGGCAGGGCCAACUUCUCCCAGCGCGGCGGAGUACCCGGACUGGGCCGCGGCGGACGCGGAUCAAGAGGAGGCAUGCAGCCGAGAGGGCGAGGAGGGGUACGUGGUGUGCGGGGUGGCCGCGGUGGAAAUGUAGGAGGAAAGCGCAAAGCUGAUGGGUACAACCAGCCAGAUUCCAAGCGCCGCCAGACCAAUAAUCAGAACUGGGGCUCUCAACCCAUUGCUCAGCAACCGCUCCAAGGUGGUGAUCAUUCUGCAGGAAAAAGGGGUGGAGGCCGCUCCUGAUGUGUUGCUAUGAGGACCGACCCGGCGGCGCAGGCUGAGGCAGGAGGAAGGGGUAAGGUCAGCUGACUCAGUGGGCCAGUGGUGAUCCAGCCUUAUUGAGGAGCAGAUGGGAUAAUCAGAAGAACACUCAGAUCCAUGUGAAGCCAUGCUGAGCAGGAGUUCAGGACAGUCAUCCUGGAUAAAGCCUUGCACUUUUUUAGUAUGGACUGCUUGAACUCUGUGUUUUUUAUUUCAUUUGUUUUGAAGAUGGACUUAAUGAUCUGUGGUCAUCUGGAGCAGCGUUGAGGGCCAGGCAGUUCAGCAGAGUGGAUUGUUAACUACCUCAGUCUCGAGUUUUUCUCCUGAAGCUGGAGGAAAGCCAGGCAGGGUCCACCUGACGCCAUCUCCAGCUCAGAGGUUUGCACAAUAACGGAGCACUUGAUGAACUUCAGCUCCAUCUCCAGGUUUGAUCCAGGCUGCUGCAGUUAGCUGCUGCUCUUGAAAUGAGCCUAAGUGAAGCUCUUCAUACGUUACAGACGAACAGAAGCUGUUUCAGAGCUGCUAAGGGAUCUUCAGUCUUCCACUCUGAGACACCUGCUGGGUUCUGGUUCUGACGGUGGGUCAGUGAAACGUUACUUUGGAAAUUAUUGCUGCUGAAUGAUUCCAGAGUUUGCAGUUCAUCAUCAGGCUCAUAAAAUAAGUUCAUGUGAUUGGAUGGUUACAACUCAUUUAGAAAUCGAAGUAUCCAAUCGGAGCACUGAAAACAGAACCACAAAUAUUCAGUUCAGAGUAAAGUAAGCUGGUGCUUCCUAAAUACUGGACCGGUGAGUAGAUGGUUCCUCUCUGUUAAAGGCAGCACUUGUUCUGGUGCUGCGGGCUGGGCGCCACGUGUCAAAUAAUGUUUAUUUUCAGCCCAUUUCUUUCAAUCCCAAAGAGGUUCUGCAGGCCUAAAACAUGUUUCAUUGAAUCAUUAUAGGCUCUAAAAGUCUGAAUUAGGUCCAGAUUUCAGUGUCAACAUUCAGAGCUUCUUCUGUCGGCCUUGUUUCAAGACGCAGUGCUUGAUGAAGACUCCAGGGAUUGUUAGACUUCCACAGCAACACAGGCCUUGAUGCAAAGCAGGAAAACAACUUGGUUAGGAGGAGUUCAAAGCCAGACAUCCAGCUUCUUUAUUUAAAUAAAACCCAAGCCCGUCUGAGUCAUGAAAUAUUUUAGAACAUAAUGAACUGAUUCAUUUCAUUUCCAGGUUAUCAUUUUGCUUCUUGUAAACGCAGUGACCUAAAGAUUCUCUCAACCUAAAUACCUGAACUUUAAUCAGCAGCUUUUAGGUUUUAGAUUAAACUCACCAACAGAUCCACACACUUCAGCUUCCCAGACAGUUUAAUUAAAACCGGUGACGAAGCCUGAUGUUCCAGCUCCAUUCUGAGGGAUCAUUGGUUCACAAGCUGACGUUCGGAUCAGUGUUGAUGUUUCAGGCCUUCAGCUGCAGCCUGAUCAUCAUGCAGGUUCUCUGCAGGUUCUCAUGAAAUCUGCUCUUAAUUCGUGUCUUUUCUCUGUUUGUGUACAAUGUCUAAUGGAAAUGUAAUGUUACUCUGCAUGUCUCUCAGCUAAAGUUAGUCUUUAUUAUAGAAUCAUCACAUGACCUGAAGGAGCUUUUAGUCUCAUGUUCUGGUCUGAUGUUCUGCUCCACCUGCAGAUCCCUCAGCAUGCCUGACAGAAUAUCCUAACCUCGCUGUUUUCCAGCUUAUUUGGUCCAAAUCUUUUCCAAAUAUGAGGACAGUCUGUAGCUGGGAUCCAGCUUGGAUUUGGAUUCACAUCAAGUCCAAAACUGAUGCUUAUUGGCUCCAGGCGGCACCAACAGAUCCAUUCUAGCUUCCCCUUAAUGAAACUGAGAUUUCCCCUCACAUCCACUGGCGUUUCUAAGAAAUGCACACCUCUUAGAGGGUUUGAAAGGCAUUCUGGGAGCUGUAGUAGAGCACAGUGUCAUGUUAGGGUUGUAUUCUACCUUACACCUGUUACCUGCUGGGGGAUUCUCCUUUAAGGUGCUUUAAAAACAGGAAGUUGUUGCUGUUUUCCUGCCAUGAAACACAUUGUCUUUGAAUCUGGACUCAUGUUCUGGUCUGAGUUCUGAAAUGAUGCGCAGCUUUUCAUUUUUAGCAUCUGGCACUAUUGGAUGUCCAGUGUUAAGAGUCUGGCUGUCUUCUGUGUGUGUUUGCACUCUUGCAAGUAAAAUGUUUUGUACUGUACAGUGACAUGAGGUAAACUUAUUUUUCUAAUAAACUUGUUAACUUUGAA